AGGAGGGAUGAAGCCAGCAGAGAUCAGAUUCUCUCUACAGAGACCUCUACAGCACAGAGAUCCAGACAUGGCACCUACAAUCACUGCAGCAAUGACCGAUUCUCAGGAGCAUCUGACUCUGACCCACAAGCUCAGAAAGCCUCUGGUGGAGAAGUUACGCAGAGAGCGAAUCAACAGCAGCAUUGAGCAGCUCAAGUCUCUCCUGAGUCCAGAGUUCCUCAAACAGCAGCCAGACUCCAAGCUGGAGAAAGCAGACAUCCUGGAGAUGACAGUUUUUGUCCUGAGACGGCUGCAGCAGCAGAAUCAACAUGUGGACUCAGCAGCUGUCAGUCAGGGCUAUUCCAGAUGUGUCCAAGAGGUGACACAUUUCCUGUCCAAAGAGCAGGUGAAGACCCAGUCCCAGAGAAGACUGCUGAACCACAUCAACAAGCUGCAGUCUUCCUCUGAUAACAACCUGAGAGAGGCUGACUUCUCUCUUCUGAGCUCCACAGUCCAGACCAGCAUCACCAAAGAGAAGAGUCCAGUCAACAGCGCCGUCUGGAGGCCGUGGUAGACACCUACAGACUGGAGUUACUACCAGACAAACUGAGAUGACCAUAUUGGUCAAAGAUUACUGGACUCAAGUCUUUCAAAUGUUAUGGACUUGUUCUUCUGAUUGUACAGAAGGUUGUAGUUUGUGUCUGUUUUCUUUCUGUAAGAUGACAUUUCCUGAGGAAAUGACAUCACCAAUAUCUUUCAACUUAAGAAAGAGAAGAUCUGGUCAUGCAUGUUGCAUGAAGCAAAUCGGAUUGCAUCAGCAAUUGUUAUAAUAGCUCACUGUACUUCAUGUAUUGGUGCUAUAAGCUAUGGUAACAUCUUUUAUCUUUUGAUUGUUAUUGAUCAUUUUGAUCAGAAACUUUAACUGUCCUUUUUAUGGACAUAUUGUCCCCAUGGACUUAGCUCACUUUAAUCUCUCCGAUUACUCAAAACUGAUCUGUUGUUAGAUCCAAAUGUUUCUCUUUUUUUCUAAAUGUCACAAUUUCCCUGUGAUACUUUUAUGACUCCCUCCAUGUCAUGUGUUGGCAGAUGGAGAUGUUUAUUACCUCUUGAUAGGUAUUGAUGAUUUUGAAUUAUCAAAAUAUUAUUUGUCCUUUUUAUGGACAUUUAUCAUAAUGGGCUUUCCCUCACUUUGUGAUUAUUGAAAAAUUAUCUGUUUUAAGAUCACAAUGUUUAUCCUUUCACUGUAAAAGGUUUCUUUAAUGACACACUGUCACAGUUUUCCAGUGACAAUGUUAUUGUUUAAGACGUAAUUGAAUUCAGAGGUUAUUAAGAACAAUGUGACCUGUUGUAAGGUCAGUUUUUACUAAUUUUGUCUUUUGUUCAUGAAGUGAAAAUGUGUUAAACAUUUUGGGGGAAAAAAGAAAAAACUGAGAACUGUGUCCUCAAAUAUUGUAAAUCUAAAUUGUUGUUCCUUUACUCUCUCAGAGUACAGUGUGUCUUGUAGAAAUCUACAAGUUGUUGUGAUGUAUCAUCACCUCUAGUUGGAGCUUUCAGACUUUGUGGCUAACUAUUCAUUGGUGAA